GUGAUUGGGCAGCAGAUAUUGUAACAAAGGCAAAUGGCUAAGGUUCUUCUUUCCUCCUCACCCAUGUCAGCUCUCCUCCCCAAGCCAUCUCCAAUCUUUUAUAAGGCCCACUUGAUUGCCCCUAAGAGGAUUGGACGUACCAAAAUCCAUGCAAACUUGGGUGGAGGAGAUGGAGAAACCAAACGUGCCGAGAAGAAGUUCAUCACCAGGGAACAAGAGCCAGAACAGUAUUGGCAAACAGCAGGAGAGAGAGAAGGGGAGAACCCCAUGAAGACACCCUUACCAUACAUUAUCAUCUUUGGUAUGUCCACACCCUUUGUAAUCCUAGCCAUUGCUUUUGCCAAUGGGUGGGUCAAGGUCCCUGUCAGAUAAUUCAUGUGCCCAGCUACGUACCAUGGAUGGCAAAGAUGCUUCUCUCCGACCUUCAAAACUAAUCUAUAUGUCUAUGUUUUCGAUUGCUAAUUCCACACACGUGUGGAGCCCUGCGCAUCCACACACGUACACGUGCAAGAUCAGCUCUUUCUUUCAGGUGGGUCAUGUUCUUUCAAAACUCAGGUGGGCUAAAGCAUAUAGAACAAAUGGAUGGAUAGAAAGCAUCCAUAUGAUUGUCAGUUCACUUUGCAUAUUGUGGCCCACCGAGGAGUAAAACUGCCUCACUUUUGAGGCAGAAUAUCUAGGAAUAUCCCCAACCAGAUGGAAAGCUCAGAUCUCACACACAUGCCCGUGAUUGGACGUGCAGGGCUCCCACAUGUAUGGAAUUAGCAAACCUAAUGUUCCUAUGCUUCUGUGUUUUUGAAUUUUGUUUUCCUUCUCAUGUCUUUUGCUCUUGCUAUGUUUGAAAGAGAAUACUCUCAAAAUGAAUUCAAUUUCCAUGGAAAUCAAUAUUACAA